UCCCUGUCGUUGUGUUGAGCUAAGUGUUGACUGACUGAACUCAUUGUAAUCUAAACGUUAUUCGUGUCUGUGUCACUUUCCAUCUAAAUUUGUUCUUAUUUGUAAUAUAUUUCAUUAAUUAUAUUCCUAAAUCACAACACUGAAAAUUGAUCAACGUUAUAUUAUUUCUGAGGGCAUCUAUUGGAAUCUUAAAAUGUUGUUGCAGGGAACUAGUUGUCCAUUUUGUGUUCGGUCUUUUUAAUAAAAAUAUUCAGCAUUAAUUCAUCCCCGUUUCAUUUAACGAAAUAUGACCAUUUUAAAAUGAUCAAGAACUGCUACGAUUCUUACCUGGAAGUGCUUAUCAAGUCUUUUAGCAGAUUUAAUUCGCCAAAUACAAACAUAAAACUACUAUAAAAUAAUGGCGAACACAGCACCUAAUGACAAGACAGUGAAUAAAGUUGCAUUGUGCUCAGCAAUUUUUGCUGGAUUUGCCUAUGUUGGAUACUCAGUUGUUAGGACGGCUUUUUGUAGAAAACUCGGCAGAAGAGAUGGUGAAGGAUAUCCGGAAGAGCACAGGAUAUACUUUAGACGGUUGUCACAGACGACCCAGACAGACGUGUUGUUGGGCAACCUCGACCUGACGGACAACGGGAAAGUAGUUCUGCGGCCGCUCACUGUCCAAGAUCGUAUCAGAGAACUGAACCUGAAGGCUCGAAUGUUUACUGACACUAUGUUGGCAAUACAAGCGACAUCCGGACCAUCACCUCGACACAGUGCUCGUAGUUUACAGUGUUCACCUUGGGGAUCUCCUCGUAUUCUGAGUCCUGUGGACGUUAGACACAUCUUGUCAAGUCGAUCAUCAGAGAACUUAGUGAUGUUGGGGCUUGGUUCCCCGGCACCUUCACCUGUCAAACGUCGGUGGACUCGGCGCUCACUACGGCGCCAGCGUUCACCUAGUGCACAGAGCGCUCACCGUGCCAGCCAACAGGAGGAGGCGGAGAAGUUGUUACGAGACACAGAAGACGAGCUGCGACUGCGACUGGACGCCAUCAAUCAUAGGCAAAGGGUAAUGGCUGCCACUGAAGCAAAGAGUUUGGUCGCGCUGCUGCACAGCAAUGAUGAGAUCUUGCUAGAGAGAACGUUAAUCACGAUCGCUAAUUGUGGAACAUUUGCUGGAAAUCAGGACAUGCUGAGGGAAGCUGGCUGUCUGUUCAGACUCACCAAGCUUCUCACAUAUCCGAAACCAAAUGUUCAACUUGCAGCUAUCAAGGCUCUUGGAAACUUAGCUCUGAAUGAGGACAACCAGAAGGAAUUGAAGGAUGCUAUCCCAGUGCUUUUGUCCUUCAUCAACAAGGAGCAACCGUUAGAGAAGCUAGUGUUGUGUGCUCUUGUUACUCUUACCAACAUCGCAGUGUUGACGGAGUGGCACGACGAGUUUUACCCGGUCUUGCACAACUUGUAUCACCUGGUGGAUUCAGCUUCACCACAGAUCAAGCUACAAGCCCUCAAACUGCUCAUCAACCUAUCCUGUAACCAAGACAUGGUGCCUAGCCUCCUAGCUGCUCAGGCUCCGCGUCGGCUGAUUCACCUUCUAGACUUAACUACCAAAGAGGAAAUCUUACUAAGAGUGGUUACGCUGUUGGCCAACUUGUCUAAGACUGCACGAGACAUGAACAUCGACCCUGCAAUAGACCUUCCCGCGGAGGAUAAGGCAGCCUCUCCUGACACAAUGCCUGUCAGCAGGUAUGCUGCUAUUUUCGGUGUCAACAUCCUCGAGAAGAUGAGAAGUAAGGUGUUUGUCCUGAUGAACCAACAUCCUAACGAGGAUAUUCGAGUUCAGGCAAGAAAGAUGUAUGAAGCCCUCAAGUCCUGAGGGCACGAUGGCCCAUGCAGCCCCGUCGGUCCUCCACCCCCUUGGACCCCGUUCCGCCGGGCUCGUCCCUCCAUCGUCGUAACCAACCAUUGAGGUCUGCUUGUUGACUAGUGAAGAUAGAAUAAUUUGCUUUCAGAACAUGGUUUUGAUGUUAAAUGUACAAAAUUAAUGGUAUGAAUUAUGUAGCAUUCACUUAUUUAAGGCAUUGCUUAUAAUUAUGAAUCACAUUUAUCGAAAUUAGUAUGAUACAGUCACAGAUGUAUUAAGUUACAACGCAUUAUUUUGCAGGAUUACCUUUUUAUCAGUAUACUUGUAUAACAAAGUAUUUAUUGCUUUUAAAGAUUUAAAGGUAUACUUUGACUGUUUUAUGUUUCAUGAGAUAACACAUACCCUCCAUUGUACAGUGAUGAAUUGGUUUACAAGUGAUAGGUUGUAAACAUAUUGAUACACACUCAAUAAUAUUCACGUAAGUAACACAUCACUGUUACGCCAUAUCUUAAAAUUGCUUAAUUUCUCAGAGGUUAACAAAGGGGGUCAUAACAUAUUUUAGUUUUGAGUAAAACCUUCCCAACCAUUGAGUUUUAUCUUCUGAAAAUAACAAUUUUCAUUUGACAUUGAGCAUUGUCAAACUAAUUCUGAAGAUUAACGUGGAAAGUGAAAUCAAAACACAGUAAAGCAAAAUAAAGAACUUGGAACAAAAAAAAGUAUUGUUCUGUAAACUUAUUUUUUCCAUCAAGACUUGUGAAAGAAAAUCCAUUCCAAACAUUCCUUUAAACAAAGUUGUAUUGAUGACAUUGAUGCACUAUGACUACUCUAUGUUUGUGACCCUGAAACUGUGUUUCUAUCAGCAACGUGUUAAAUGAUCUUUGUCCUUGAGUUUUAAUUUGACUUUAAUUUCAACAGUAAAAUUAUGUUCACUAUAAUAUAACUACGAGUAUUUUAAUUGCACAAAUUAAUAAUGUAACAUAUACAACUUCAAAUGUUUAAUUGCACAUUGUGCAAACAAUUCUUAUAGCAUAUGUAAGCCACUCAAAGUUAUAUUUGAAUUUAAUAAAAUUCCAUAAUUUUUGAGUUUUCCUUUUAAUUAUUUAGGUUUUUGGUUUAUUUUAAGUCACGUAAUUCCAGACAUUUAGACAGUUUUGUCUUAACUGCUGUUUUUCUGUUUUCAAUUACCGAGUGUCAGGAAGGUUAGUGAACUUGCUGAUUCUGAAUGUCAUUGCAGCUCUAGAUUUAUUUCAUACAAGUACUAGACUUAAAGCUUAAAAGCAAACUCAUCCUUAUUUCUUUAACUGAUUAAUUUGUUACGCUUACAAAGCAAUUUUUAAAUCAUUUGAAUCUCUGCUAAGCUAGUUGUACAAUUGGCCUUUGGCAUAUUUCUUUUGUUACAUUUUGUUCUUAGUUUAGAUACAAACUAGUGUCAUGCUUAGGAUGUUUUAUAGCAAACUGGAUAUGUAGGCCUACACCAAAAGACCUAAUUUUUCUCCAUUUGUUUAACCAUGUCGUGUGCCCUGCAGACCGUUGAUUAUUCUGCACAAUUUGUACACCAUUGUUUUGGUAUUUAUUGUAUAUAUUGUAUGUUGUGAUAAUUAAAUUAUGCGUUUAAGUGAAAAGUCAUAUUUUUAAAAUGUUUUAUUUUUGUAAACUGUGUUGUUAAAUGUUGAAAUUUGAGGGAGUUUUAUGCGGGUGAAAAUAGCAAGAAGCUAGAUCAGUGAUCAGUGCUACCAGUAGUGGAUUCGUUCACAUUUGUUGACAUUUCAAUGUUAUAUUCUUGUAUUCCUGAGAUAGAAGCUAUUUUUAACUUGUUAUUGAUGUAUUUUCUCUCAAGCAGUGUACUGUGAUCGCUUUCCCACUCAUUAGGCUUCUCAUCACAGAGUUUUGGAAAUAUUUCUAAGCAAUACCGAGAUUAUCCAGAAAUAUUUCAGCCUGUAAUCUUACACAGUUUAGAUCACUUGGAAAUCUAGUAGUGUAAUAAAUAAGUGUAAAUAAGUCAAUUUAAAUCAUUUUAGCUUAAGCUUAACCGAGUUUAAAUUAUUGAUAAGGUUAGUGCAUCCAACUAAUUUUUGGCGAUUAUACAUAAAUUACAUCAUUAAAAUUUAGACACGAGUGUGAAAAUAUUGACUGCAAGGGGACUAGAAGGUGCUAUCUGGUUGCUUCGGUUCCCAGCUGAGCUAUUGGAUGGCUACAAUAUCGUUAUCAAUUAAACCCAUCCAGCAAUUCCAUUACCUGUUGAAGUAGGCCUAAUCUAUUUUUGUUUAACUUGUGUUAAAUCGCAUCAUCAGACAUUUAGUCCUUCAGCAAUUAUUUUAUUAUCUUUUCCUACAAUUACCUGACAAAGCAGGCUUCCUUGCACUGAUUAUAGCACGCAAAGUAGGUAAUUGCUGCAUUUACUUUUGCCACACUCAUUUUUUUUCCGCACUCCAGUAUUCCAACCAAACACAAAACAGACUUUGUUUCAAUAUUUGCAUUUAACCUAACCUAAAACGUGUUGUGUAGGUUUGAAAGACUAAUUAUUUAUAUGCUUUAUAGUAACUGUAGGUAAAAUAUGAUGUGUAACGUGAGCGCAAAGUGCCCUCUGCUGCACUUGAGAAACUUUCCAUACUUGCCUGCGGCUUAUGCAUAAACGUUUCUCUCGUGUGCAGCAAAGUGCCACUGUACACACUCACACUAGUUAAUAACAACUAUUGUCUACCUAACAAUUACAUCAUUCAAGAUGAUUCCAGUGGCAUUUAAAACGGCAAAUAUUUCAAGGCCCUUUUUGUCAUCAUGUCUUAGGCAGCGAAACUCAUCAAUUUAAUUUAGAAUGCUUCAAGCUUUUUGCAACAAAAUAGGUUUUAAAUUGUUUGUUAUCAUUACUUUCAGACCUCAGUUCAAACUCAGUAAGUGUUACUUCUUCUUAACCCUUUGUAAAUUUGUUGGCCACAUUAACAUCGGCUGACAGCCUUCAUGGCCACUUCUUCCAGCACUACUUGGAAGACAUCAAAACCAAUUACUUUUUAUGUUUAAAAUUUUUGGCCAACACUGCUGGUCACUGACUAAGAUAACCUAAAAUUUCUUUCUGAUGGCAAGACGUUAGGUUUCUGUAGACCUUCCUCAUAAGGCAUAGUUAAAGUUGCUAUUCUGAUUUUGCUAUUUGAUUGAAACAGGAUAAAUGAAAGUUUUUCGAGAUUAAAACAAGAACAUGCUAAAUUUACUGAUGUUGUUUAUGUAUGUCCUACUGUUAAUUUACCGUUGUUUAGAAAUAUUUAAUUAGCAAUAUUUUGUUGCUUACAGUGUAAUUUGAGUACCUAUCUGACAUUACCGCUACUCAUUAUUUAGAUUUUUGUUAAUGUACGUAGGGCUUGUAUUUGUUUUAAAAAGGUGCUAAGGCAAGACUUAAAAUUGUAAAGUACGAAAACUUGUUUAAUUAUUUAUUAAGUUAUUGAUUUGGUCAAGCGUUCAGAUUGAGUAUGUGUUUUGACUUUGGUUCCUUUAAGCCUUUAAGUUAAAACAAUAUUUCGUAUACUUAAAUAUAAAAAAGAUCAUUUAUAUUUAUGAUAUAUUUUAAAGAAUCAAUUCUUCUAUUUGAAUAGUUUUAAUUGUUUUAAAACAUAACAUACUUAAUCUACAGAGUUUAAAUUAAAGCUACAUCCCUUUUGAAAGCCCUUUUAACAGAGUUGCUCUAGUACUAAGUGUAAAAGUUUGGGGAUGUUGCUGGCCUAGAAGUAAAGGGUUUGAUCUCAGCAUAUCCAGAAACAUUUCAGAGAUUGGAGUAUAGUUAAUUAAACUGCAAACAUGUGCUUUUUACUUUGAUCAUGAGUUGUUAAUUAUAGUUUUGUACUCAACAAACCUUGCUUUGCUUCAGCUUUUGGUGUUACCGAUCUCUCACAAACCACUCAGUUCAUGAUCAAUAAUUAUAGUCAUUUACAAACAUUUUCCUUCCUGUAACAUGAACACAAGGCAAAGAUCUUGUUCUGCUUUGUUUUUGCACAAUAAAACAAUGAAAAUAAUUUUUAAUAGAAAAAGUAAGAUGAUAUACGAUUACUUAAGAGCCCAUCACUUGUGUGAACAUUUUUGGAAACUGACAAAGAUAUAUAAAUAACUUCUUGAUCAGCAUUGUACGUGUUAUUAAAUUUACGUAAAGUAAAUAAAGAUACGUCUUAUAACACUUAAAACUUAUAUUUAUGCUUAUACUGUUACUCACAAGACGGUAAAUAUACAAAAGAUGGUAAGUGGUGAUUGAUUUUGAUUGGACACUCCAAUCAUCAUCAGACCCAAUAGGCGAAUGACAAGAAUCUUGAAUGGCGUACCUAAUUAUACCCAAUGGGCUACCGGAAACACCGGCCAAUACAUUUUUAUAAGUACAACUGGAAUCGAAAUUUACUUGUUCAUUAAUCAACUUAUUUCUAUUUUUACAUUUUUCCUCAUAAAUAUAUAAGCCAUAAUCUUUUUUCUAGAAAAAGCUCAAAGACAUGCCAGGCAAUAUUUAAACUACAUAUGCCUUAAUUUAUUACAAAUUUCAAAUUUCUCUCACAUAUGUCACAGAUCAGCUUAGUAGCCUAAGCAGCAAUGCCAUUAGUGUAAAUCAUAAUAGUUCUCGAAAAUGUCAUCACUGCCGUUAAUUAUUCUUAACUUUGUACCUAAUUUUCUUGCAUACUUCCAUUAUUUGCAACUUUUGGAUCAUAGGCAAAGGGUAUUGCUAAGGGCAAAUGUAUGGUUAAAAUUGUUUAACUUUUAGUUGCUGUACAGCUUAAAUAGGCUUUAAACCUUUACAAAUUCUAAUCACAUGCUGAUAUAUAUUAUUUUCAGUUUACUUGUAUGACUUAGCAUUUCUCAUGUAUUGUUGGUUGUUAAGUUCCUCAGGGUUUAUUAUUUGUGGCUUGUGACACUUGUUUAUUAUUGUACAUUAUUUAGAAAUAAAUAUUUUGGUGACAACGACAUUACAUAUACUGUA